AUGGACAGAGCAUGGCACGUGGAGCACUUCACAUGCAACAGCUGCAGCAAGCAGAUCCAGAGCUUCUUGGUGCACAACGAUCAGCCCUACUGCGAGGAGUGCUACGACCGCAGCUUUGUCGAGCACAAGGUGUGCGCGCUCUGCAACAAGGCCAUCCUGGGCACGGUGGUGUCGGCGCUCAAGAACACCUACCACACCGAGUGCUUCAAGUGCACCAGCUGCCACUCGCACUUUGAGAACAACGAGUUCUACCAGCUUGAGGGCAAGCCCUGGUGUCUGAGCUGUGUGCAAAAGUCGCAGCAGGCCAAGCUGGAGACCUGCGACGGCUGUCAUCAGCCAAUCGAGUCGCGUGAGCUCAUCAAGCUGGAGGGCAUGAAGUACCACAACAACAACAAGUGCUUUGCUUGCAAGGGUUGCCAGUCGCCAUUCCCAUCACUGAACUUCUACGAAGUGCAAGGUAGUGCAUACUGCCACGACUGUGCAAUUAAACUGGUCAAGUAA